GUGACUUAUUUAUUUGUAAGACAGUUAAAAAUUGUGUUUUCAUUAAAAAAUUUUAAGUUAUUAAAUUAUUUUAAACCUGAAAAAUAUUAAGCUCAAAUAUAAGAUUUCUCUAUUUCUUUAUACAUUUUUAAACACUCAAUACUAUUUUAAAAAUUAAGCAAUUGGUAAAAAAUAAAGUUUUGAGAAAAGAUUGACAAUGAAGACAUUUCUACGUGCAUUAUUUCUCUGGAUGUUUAUUUUAAGUGCAAUCGAAUAUAUUGUAGCAAUAAAUUACAAAACUAAUCAAUCAGAUUAUGAACUAUUUGAUACUUCAAAUAACAAAUUUUCUCCUGGGGUAAAAAUUUUCAAAUACAUAGUUUCACCUCUAAGUAAUAGGAUAUUUUCCACAUUACCUAGAAAUCCUGAAUUGUUACGAAAAAUGAAUAGAAUGCAACCAAUUUUUCCAAAAGAAAUGAAAUUUCCAUGUGAUACGAAUAAUACUAGAUCAAUAGAAAGACCUAAUAGUGUACAUCAGUUAAGACCGGGAGAUAUAGAUGUUAUUGGAGCAAUAGGUGAUUCACUAGCUGUUGGGAUGGGAACAUUUACAAACACUUUAUUGGAAAUAUUUAUUCCAGAGGAAGGAGUGUCUUGGAUAGGAGGAGGACAUGAAUCAUGGAGACAAUAUUUAACAAUACCAAAUAUAAUAAAAGAAUUCAAUCCUAAUUUGUUCGGCUAUGCUCUUGGUACAUCAAUGUCGAAAUUCAUUAAAAAACAAUUUAAUGCCGCGGAAGCGGCUUCUGAAAUUGAUGAUUUACUACCUAUGACAGAAAAUCUUAUAAAUCGUAUGAAAAUGAGUAAUAAAGUUAAUUUUAACCAAGACUGGAAGCUUAUUACUAUUCACAUUGGUGCAAACACUAUUUGUCGCGGGGUUUGUAUCAGUUCUAAUAUAUCAACAUUCAUAAGAAAUUUUAGAAAUCAAUAUAUGAAAUCACUUCAAUUUAUAAAAAAUAAUUUACCGAGGACUAUGGUUCAUCUCCUAUCAACUAUUAACUUGGAUACAUUUUUUCUAAACAUGAAAAGGCCUCAACAAUGUCACUUCAUUAAUAAUAUUUUGGAAUGUCCAUGUUAUUUGAAUAAGUUAUUUAAAUCAAAGCAAAUUCUUUACUCACAAGUUAUUGAAAAAAUCAAAGAAGUUGAAAAAAAAAUCGCUGAAAAUCCCGAGUUUAAAAGAAAUGAGAAUUUUACUGUAAUACUUCAACCUAUAACUGGAAAUGUAUCUAUUCCUUUAAAUAAAAUGAAAACAAAAGAUACAACUUACCUAGCAUCCGAUUGUUUUCAUCUUAGUCAAAAAGGAUAUGCAUUGGCUGCUACUUUAUUAUGGAAUAAUAUGAUGGAGCCAAUCGGUAAAAAAGCAAAAACAAAUAAUAAUAUAAAAAUUGGUCAGUUGAUAUGCCCAACAAAUGAAUCACCAUUUAUCGCUACUUGGAAAAAUAGCUUAAGAAAUUAAUUUCUUGUAAUGUUUACAAAAAGAUUUAUUGUUUAAAAAAUCUUGAAUUUAAUGGUUAAAUUAAUGAUAAAAAAUUUUCCAACAAAAAUCAUUGACAUUACUCAAUAAUGUAUUAUUCAACAAUCAAAGAUAAAUUUAUAAGGCUGAUAUUGUAAAAAUUAAAGUAAACAUUAUAUCAAUAUUCA